GCGCCCCGCCGCCUGGGCCGAGCCUCAGUCAACUUCCGUCUGCGGUGGUAGUUGUGUGCAGGCUGUGGCACUGGGCCUCCUCGGUGAUUUAUCUUGGCUCUAUUGACUGUGAUACUAUAUUAUGUAAAGCUAAAGGUGUUUCGAGUGUUGUAGUGCUUGACUACAGUGAUUACCAUCGCCCUUUUCUACACUAAUGAGUCAAAAUGGCCGAUACCGAUGUCCAGAGCAACGAUGUAGACAACUUGAAGGCAGCGGCAGAAGAUGGAGGAGCUACAGAUGGCAGCCCUAAAGAUGCUCAGGACUCAAAAGAUGGCAAACCUCGUCCGCCACCUGUUGACAUUGCAGCAGCACAAAAUGCAGGUCAAGAUGGUGGCAUCAAAACCCCCACAAACGCCUCCCAAACUCCGAAAUAUUAUGCUGGCCCUUCCCGUUAUGAUACCUUUCGAGACAAAGAGCGUAAGAUUGGCCACAGAAGGGUUGAUGAAGGUGGAGUGGUCACAUACAAGAAGAUUGGGACUAACCAGUUGAUGGGUUCCAUUCAGUUGGGGAUCCAGCAAGCAGUGGGAAGCUUGGCGAGUAAACCUGAGCUAGAUGUUUUAAUUCAAGAUUUUUAUGUGGUAGAAACUAUAUUCUUUCCUAAUACUGGUUCUCAGUCAACACCAGCACAUCAAUUUUCUGAUUUCAGAUUCAAGGUUUAUGCCCCCAUAGCAUUUAGACACUUUAGAGAUCUGUUUAGAAUUCAACCCGAGGACUAUCUUGUGUCGUUAUGUACAGAGCCUCUACGAGAGCUUAGUAAUCCUGGAGCGAGUGGCAGCAUCUUUUACCUCACCAAUGAUGAUGAGUUCAUCAUCAAGACUGUGCAGCAUAAGGAAGCAGAGUUCCUCCAAAAGUUGUUGCCAGGAUACUAUAUGAAUCUGAACCAAAAUCCUAGAACGUUAUUGCCAAAGUUUUUUGGCUUGUAUAAUUAUCAGUGUAAUGCCAAGAAUAUUAGGUUAAUAACUAUGAACAAUUUGCUUCCGUCGUCAAUAAAGAUGCACCAGAGGUACGAUUUAAAGGGUUCCACAUAUAAGAGAAAGGCUAAUAAAUAUGAGCGCAGCAAAGACUCUCCGACGUUUAAGGAUCUAGAUUUUAUGGAGCAUCAUCCUGAUGGCAUUCUCUUAGAAGCUGAAACUUACAAGGCUCUCGUCAACACCAUUGCCAGGGACUGCAGGGUAUUAACAUCGUUCAAGAUCAUGGAUUACUCCUUACUAGUGGGCAUUCACAACCUGGAUCUAGCAGCCAAAAAGAAAGCACAAGAAAAGGAAAGAAGAUUAAAUGGUGGUGAUGGGGGUCCUGCAGAAGAUGGCAAUGGAGAAGGUGCAGAAGGAGCCAGUCUUACUCGUUCACGAUCUAUCAAUCGACAUAAGCUAGUAGCUCACUCAACAGCAAUGGAAUCUAUUCAGGCAGAUUCCGAUCCCAUAGAUGAAGAAGAUCAAGUUCCGCCUGGUGGUAUUCCUGCAAGAAAUGCGAAAGGAGAGCGAUUAUUGCUUUUCUUGGGCAUCAUCGAUAUUCUUCAAAGUUUUCGACUAAAGAAAAAACUUGAACACACCUUCAAAUCAAUGAUCCAUGAUGGGGAUACUAUAUCAGUUCAUCGACCUACUUUCUACGCUCAGAGGUUCCUAAAGUUUAUGGAACACACUGUCUUCAAGAGAAUUCCAUCACUGGACCUUCCAGAAAUCAAAGGCGGCCACCGCAAAUUCCGAAAUCUGGUCUCCAGCUACAUAGCUUUGAGACAUUCGCCAUCUCGGCGGAGAGGCACAUCCCUGCGUAUGUUGCGGCCUAUGUCCCAGUCUGAGCCUGAGCAUACAGCAGAAGGGCAUGACAGUCAAGAAGGAUCAUCUGUUCGCAGUAAGAGAAGUGCAAGCGUUCGAAGUCGAAGGGCUGGAGGAAGAUUGCCAGGUGGCAGUGUUAGUGCUGAGGACCGGCCGGGUGAGAGUGGUGAGGUCGCUAUCUCCUUAUCCAUGGCUACAGGAGGCUCGGGGGUCACUACUACGGUCACAACCCCAUCUGCAGUGGCUGGGGCAGUCUCAAGUGGUGGUAUCUCAGGAGCAGCAGCAGGAGGGGGAGGCUCCACUGCUGCCUCUCUCUUAGGAUCAGGAACACCUUCCACACCAGUCAAUCUUCCAGCUGUUCUUCAAGACCGACCUCACUCUGGCCGUGGUCGUGUGCCGCCUCCAGUUCCUCCUCGCUCACCUCGAGGUGGAGCUUCUCAGGCCACCCCUACCUCUUCUUCAUUCUUACUUUCUCGAGGUAGUGGCCGAGGUGUAGUUACUGUGAGUGGUGGAGGGAGCUCAUCAAGCCAUCCACCUUUAAGCUCCACUCCCCCACCUCCAUGGGAUGCUACUUCUGGUGCAUCUGGUAGCACAGUGGUCAGCACCUCAUCUCCUCGGUUCCAAGUGAGGUCAUCACAUACGCACGUCACCACUGUUGCCAUCCAAGAGGAUCGAACUGAUGUUGUCAGAAAGGGUCAAAAGUUGCGCUUUAAGGGCCUUGCUGAGGACCCCCAAAGUGUCACUGAACCCGUGCUUGUUAGCUAUAAGGAGAUAAAGUCCACCGCUGUAAGCGUGAGUGACGUACACCUGGAGCCUCGGACAGACUCGCGAUCAACGCUGAGUGUGGACUCUAGCGUGGGGUCAACACCAAUGGUCCGUACCCUCACCUGGACUCCCCCGCUCUCUGUAGAGGGUAGUACCCCUACCUGGACCGAGGGAACCCCCAGCUUUACCGAGUCCUCCUCUAGUGGAGAUUUAGGGUGUCCCACUACUCCAGUUCGCAGUCUUAACACUACCCAAGAGUCCACUGACAAUAUCAACUUCCAUGAGACAGAGAUGACUCACCUGUAGUAUUCAGAAGAACCAGCAUUGAGGUUGUCUAUGAAGUGUUUUUUUGGAGGACCAGCCACCUUGGCCAAGAUGACAACAUUUCUGCAGUGAGAAGCUGCCUGUGUUGCCAUAGAAUACUGUACAUUCAUUCCAAGAGCAGUCUUCCUUGCCAGUAAUGUCAUAAAUUAUCAGCUUUUUUAAUACUGUACAAUAUUUCCAGAUGUCAAAUUUUUGCUGUAGUAUCAGAUUUAAAUAUACCGGGUAUUUAUAUACAUAUUUUGAUUUUUACUUAAUUAAUAAUAAUGUUUCUCUUCAUCUCAAUUUUAUAAAUGUAAUAUUAUUUUUUUUACUUCACACACACACAGUUAUAAGAGAUUUCACUUUGGCCUUUAAGGUUUUACGUUCAGUUCAGGAUGUUAAUGAUUUAUUUUGUCACGGACAUGAAACCUGUGUAUACAUAUACUCUAGGCUUGUAUCAAUAUCCUCCACAAGAUCGAACUACUGACCCUUCUCAGGGUGCAAUCCCAUAACAGUUGCCUAUCUCCCGGGUACCUAUUUACUGGUAGGUGAACAGAGGCAUUAGGUAAAACAUAACAUGCCUAAUUAUUUCUUUCCCGGCUUGAGAUUGAACCUAGGAUCUUCAACUGUUAGUCGAGAAUAUGGCCACUGUGCUAUCAAGUCCCUAGGUGUAAAGUGGGGCUGUUAAAAUUUAUUAAUUGCAAUCUCAUAUAAUACUCAUUUCUAGGAAAGACCUCUAAAUGUCUCCCUAAGCUUAUCACUGAUAUCACUAAGCCUUUGCCCAACACUCUAGGCUUGUCAGAUUGCAUUUUGUUGACUACUGAGAGCCAGGUCCAGACUGCUUUCACUAGAACAUAAGAACAAAGUUUACUGCAGAAGACCUAUUGGCCCAUACGAGGCAGCUCCUAUUUAUAACCACCCAAUCCCACUCAUAUACAUGUCCUACCUACGC